GCUGCGGCUUUUUGAAGGUCAAAGUCUGUUUUAUUGGCAGUGUUACAAAGAACCGAUUAUCAACAUGGUUUCUGUCAGGCCGAGUGAAAAAGAAUUUUUUAUAAUUAAUUCUCAAUAUUUAUUGAUAUGAUUUACAGCUUAUACGAAAAUUUGCAAUACUGCAGUUUAUAUAAUGUAUGUGGGACCGUGAUUAAUUCUAUGAGAAGGUAAAUGUAAGCUGUCAAUAAUGCUUCAUCGUUCAUAUAGUCUCUUGAGCUUUCUUCGUCGAAAUACGAACGGCUGUUGCAGAGAGCAGUUUUAUUUAUACCAAAUUGGACUUGCCAAGAGGCAUACAAGUACUUUUAUUAAACAAAAAUUUAUUCACGUUAUAUCAAACUCUUCAAAACUUUGCCAUAAUAAACAUGCCGAUACAAGGUGGAUGUGUGCAACCGCGAGAUUGGCUUCCAAUGAUGCCAAAAGCAAAUCUGAGGUGGUGGAAAAAGCAGCUGAAGUCAAGGCAGAGCCAGAAGCAGAUGCUGCAAUCACGCAUAGGAUAGUUGAAUUAAAUGAAGAAAAUCUGGGAAAAUUAAAAGAACGGGUGUUAAAUGUUGAAGCCCCAGCACCUAAAACUGCAGAGAAAGAAAAAGAGGAAGUCAAGGUGAUAAAAAAAGAAAAAACUAAGAAGGAAGUAAAAAUAGCAGCAGCAGAAGAAGCAGCAUCAAAAAAACCCCCACCUAAAAAGAAGAUUCGUGUUGAUCUCUCAGUGUCAUCUCUAGAAAGAAAUUUCAUAACACCGAUCAGGGCAAUGUCUGAUUUUUUACUUAAGCAAGCUGAUUUAGAAUCUCUGCCUAAAACAAAAAGAAGAUCACCUUAUGAAUUUGAACCACCUAUCACAGUAUAUUGGAGGAAAGAUGUUGAAGCAAAAGCACUUGAAGUCUGGGGAUCACGAGAAGCAUUGUUAAAAGAAUUAUUGAAAAAGGAACUGGAGCGAAAAACUUACCAACAAAAUGUAUUUACUGUAAAGAAGAGACUAAGGGACUAUAGACGCGAAGUUGGGAGUCAAGCUCAAACUUAUGAAAAAGAAGGACUUUUUGGUAGAUCUGGAAAGGUCGUUUUAACUGCAGUUGUGAUAAACGGAAGUAAUUUUCUUUUUAAACUGUUUGCAUGGAUCUACACAGGCUCUCAUAGUAUGUUUUCUGAAUGUAUUCACUCGGCUGCGGAUACUUUUAAUCAGUUGAUUUUAGCUUAUGGCAUUCAUAAGUCUGUUCAGACUCCGGAUCCUGAUCACCCUUAUGGUUACACGAAUAUGAAGUCCGUUUCUUCACUAAUAUCUGGUGUUGGAAUUUUCUGUGUAGGAACUGGUUUAUCCAUGUAUCACGGAAUUCACGGACUUUUAUUUCCUAAUCCAGUAGAAUCGUUUUACUGGGCAUACUUCAUACUAGGUGGCUCGCUGGUUUCAGAAGGAGCUACUCUAUUAGUCGCUAUCAAUUCAAUCAAAAAAGGUGCGAUCGAAAAGCGAAAAAGUUUUCGAGAGUACGUUAUGAACGGCCACGACCCAUCAGUAAACGUUGUUCUGAUGGAGGACUUCGCCGCUGUCAUCGGAGUUGUGUGUGCUGCCAGUUGCAUGGGAUUGACUUCAUUCUUGGGCAAUCCUAUGUUCGAUGCUAUAGGUUCUCUACUUGUUGGAGGACUUCUUGGUGGUGUGGCUUCGUUUAUUAUUUACACGAACGUAGCUGCUUUAGUUGGUCGGAGUAUACCACAGGAAAACCUUGACAAAAUAAAUGCUGAAUUAGAGUCUGAUAUUAUGGUUCGGGCGAUCCACGACGUCAAAGGCAUUGACAUGGGCAACAGUCUUGUAAGAUACAAAGCCGAACUCGACUUUGAUGGUCGGGAGUUGACAAGGUCCUAUUUGGAUAAGCACGAUCUUAACGCGAUGCUCGAGGAGGUCAAGAAAAUGCAAAAUAUCGAUGAGCUCGAAUCGUUUUUACUCAAACACGGAGAAAAUAUCGUUGACAUGCUCGGUGGAGAAAUCGACAGAAUCGAACUAAAAUUAAAGAAAAAGCAUCCAGAAAUCCGGCAUUGCGAUUUAGAGAUCCUUUAAAUAUGAAUCUAGAAAUAAUGAACUUUAUUAAAUUAAGACAACUGGAUGUAAAUAUUAAUUAUUAAUAAUAUUGUUAUUAUUAAGAUUAUUAUUAUUUAUGAAACUGCAGGUUGUCCAAUAAUUUUUGUUGUGACUGGAAUAAUAACGUGUGUCCAUCACAUUUUGUUACAAUAAUCGCUUUAAUAAAGCUGUGUAAACUAAUUGAAUCAACA